ACAAGAAGAAGAAGAAGAAGAAGAAGAAGAAGAACCACAGUGAUUUUCAGGGCGUCUCAGCACCGGAAGGAAAAACCACGGCGAGAGACUGUAAUGGAAGCUCCUUCAACUCGGCUCCCUAUCUUCUUUAUCUUUCUCUUACUCUCAGUUUCAUCUCCCAUUUUCAUUCAAAAAUCUCUAGCUGAUGGCGUCACUCCCGACGAAGCCAAACAGCUCAGAGAUGAGGUACGUGAAAUGUUUUAUCAUGCUUUCAAUGGAUACAUGAAGCAUGCUUUUCCUCUCGACGAAUUAAGACCUCUGUCGUGUGAAGGAGAAGAUUCACUUGGUGGUUAUGCUUUGACUUUGAUUGAUUCAUUGGAUACACUGGCCCUGCUUGGUGAUCGGGAACAAUUUGCUGCAUCUGUUGAAUGGAUUGGUAAAAAUCUUCGGUUCGAUAUAAAUAAAACAGUAUCUAUCUUUGAGACGACAAUUCGAGUUCUUGGAGGUUUACUUUCAGCUCAUCUUAUUGCAAGUGACCACACUACGGGUAUGAAAGUUGCAUCCUAUGAGAAUCAACUGCUUGACUUAGCAGAGGAUCUGGCUCGAAGAUUACUGCCUGCAUUUGACACUCCUACAGGAAUUCCAUUUGGAUCAGUUAACCUAUUGUAUGGAGUUGAUGAACAUGAAAGCAAGAUAACGUCAACAGCCGGUGGUGGGACCUUAACUUUGGAAUUUGGUGUUCUUAGCCGUUUGACGGAUGAUCCAAUUUUUGAACAAGUAACAAAGAACGCAGUACGUGGACUGUGGGCACGCCGUUCAAAGCUUAAUUUAGUUGGUGCACAUAUUAAUGUUUUUACAGGUGAAUGGACACAGAAGGAUGCAGGUAUUGGUACGAGCAUUGAUUCCUUCUAUGAGUAUUUACUGAAGGCUUACCUUUUGUUUGGAGACGAAGAGUACCUAUUCAUAUUUCAAGAAGCAUAUGGGGCUGCUAUGCAUUAUCUAUUUAAUGACCCUUGGUAUGUUGAGGUAAAUAUGGAUUCCGCUGCACUCGUCUGGCCAUUAUUCAACAGUUUGCAGGCAUUCUGGCCAGGGCUUCAGGUUUUGGCAGGGGACAUCGACCCUGCAAUUCGAACACAUACUGCAUUCUUUAGUGUCUGGAAGAGAUAUGGAUUUACACCUGAGGGUUUCAAUCUUGCUACACUCAGUGUCCAGCAAGGGCAGAAAAGUUAUCCACUUCGUCCAGAGUUAAUAGAGAGCACUUAUUGGCUCUACAAAGCCACGAGGAAUCCCAGAUAUCUUGAUGCCGGACGGGACAUGGUCGCCAGUUUGCAAUAUGGAGCCCGAUGCCCAUGUGGAUAUUGUCAUAUAUCAGAUGUUGAGUUUCACAAGCAAGAAGAUCACAUGGAAAGCUUCUUCCUUGCCGAAACGGUUAAAUACUUGUGGCUUCUUUUUGACUUGGCUGCGGGCCCUGACAACCUUGUGGAAAAUGGUCCAUACAAGUAUGUUUUUAGCACAGAGGGCCACUUGUUGCCUGCAACCCCUCAAAUAUCCCUAGUUAGGGAACAUUGUUCAUAUCUUGGGGCUUUCUGUAAAAGUAGAGUGGAAUCAGAAUCUGAUGCGAUAAAUAAUGCAACCAGUGUUGAAGAAGCUAAACAUUCAUUCUCUGAGGGAACGACUUCAACAGAAACCCCACCAAGCUCUGAUUUUGAUGAGUUGACAUCAACAACUGGGUUGAUCAGGGGGUUCUGUCCAGGACUGACUCAUGGGCAGAAGUUUGGUAUGAUAUAUAUUGGGUCAACAUCCACAGACGAUGAGUCUGUUACUGAAACGGAAGCUGCCCAACGACAUUCGACGGUGGUCGUAACCGAUCAUAAUUCUGGUCAUUCCACAUCUGAUGAAAAAAACGUUGAUAAUUCUCAGGAGCACAGGGAGGAGGAUGUGAUGAAUGAUCCUCAUUCCAUUUAAGGAAGCGAAGUAUUUGAUAUUUUUGGAAUGACUCAAGCCACCUGCUCCUUGGAUCUGUUCUGUUAAACGUCUCUGGGUUAUAACUAUUGGAAGCAUUGUUAAUAGAACUUACAAUCAAAAGGAUGGAGCGAUAUUCAGUCGUUAUCGGUAGGGUGAAAGAGAGCCUGACAGUCGAAAACCGACACGCGUACGAACAAUAGUAUUUGUUGUUGAGUUCGUGUAGGAACGAGGAGGCAUUAACAUUUUGAUGACUAUGAGCAUUGUAACAUAUGGCCUUGUACUGUAA